UUAGUUUUAUUUUUUUUUCAGGCAGUUUUCAAUUAUAUGAUUCCAGAUCAUAAAGCUGAUGUAUUUAACCCACCUCACACCACUAAUAUUUCCAAUACGUUUGUGUCAGUGCUGUUUGAUGGACUGACAAAUAGAUGGGAUGCUAUAUAUUUCAUACAUAUUGCUGAGCAUAGUUAUACUUUUGAAAAUACAUUGGUUUUUUUCCCACUAUUUCCACUCAUAGUCAAACUUCUGACAUUUUCAUUGUUUUAUCCUUUCACUUUUUUUUUAUCCAUUCGAAAUGUAUUGCAAAUUGUUGCAGUUUUAAUUAAUUUCAUAUUGUUCAUUCUUUCUGCACUGACUCUUUAUAAGUUUGGUCUGGCAGUUCUGAAAAAUGAACAUUUAUCUUACAGAGCUGCUCAGUUGUUUUGUGUGAAUCCAGCCAGUAUAUUUUUUUCUGCUGCUUAUUCUGAGUCACUUUUUUCAUUGCUCACAUUUGCUGGUUUGUUAAAAUUGCAGUCUAAUAAAGUUUUACAUGCUUCAAUACUUUUUGGUCUAAGUGCUGCAACUCGAUCUAAUGGUUUGGUCAAUAUGGGAUUCAUCGUCUAUUACUUUCUUCAUUUUCAUCUCAAAGCCAUUUUGAAAUUUGAUUUAUCAUUUUGUCACAAUUUGUUGCUUUUUUUUAUCUAUAUUUUUCUAUGUUGUUCUUGGUUUAUAUUUUAUCAAUUGUUUGCUUACAUCAUUUAUUGUGAGGUUAACAAGUCUCACUUUAAAAACCUAAUAACAAAUGAAUUACGAAACUAUGGUAAAGAAAAAGGAUACUUUACACUUGGCGAUUCACCAUCUCCUCCGUGGUGCAAGCUGACUGUACCUAUAAGUUAUUCCAGCAUUCAGAAUAGCCAUUGGAAUCUGGGUUUCUUGAAAUAUUACCAAGUUAAACAGUUGCCAAAUUUUUUUCUGGCUUCCCCAAUGUUGUUCAUUUGUUUCUAUCUUGUUUUAACAUAUUUCAAAAACCGAUUUUAUCGUUCUGUAUUUUUGGAAAUGAUGCCAAGGUGUUUAAUUAAAAAGUUAACAAAUGACUACGAGUUGAAAUCCAAAUAUUCCUUGCAUGAUGUUACCAAGAAAGAAAUUUUGGUCCAUGUCUGCCAUAUUUUUUUUCUGACCAUUUUUGCUCUAUUCUUCAUGCAUAUUCAAGUAAUAACAAGAUUAAUCUGUUCUUCAUGCCCUGUUGUUUACUGGUUCCUUGCACAAAAGAGUAUAACGCAGGAAGAAAAAAUAGCAAUAGCUAUGUGGAAAGAAAAUAUUAAUGAUGAUCAAUUUAAAAAUUCAUCCGUUUUCGAUGUUUGCGGCAAAGACAUUUGUAAAUCUACUGUUGAAAAUAACCAUUCAAGAUACAGGUCUACGACCACGAUUAUCAAAAAAGUCAAAGUGAAUAAACAGAAAUUGAAUAGUCUUCACGAGAGAACUAAAGUUAUUACAGACACGUUAACAGAGAGUGAAUUGAUAAAUUGGAAUGAAAGCUUGUUUAACAAAUUUUUUUCAGCAUAUACACACAUUUAUCUAUUUGUUGGCGUGGCUGCAUUUUGUAACUUUUUUCCAUGGACUUGA